UCAAACUGAAAACAUCAUAAUCAAAUUGAGAAAAAACAGGUACUCAACAUCAGGCAAUCAGAAUUAGUCAGCUUCUCAGUAAGCAGGUGCCAGUUGCUGUGACGAUGGUGAGUGGUGUCCUGAGGAUGAUUAUGGGAAAUGUUUCAGUGUUGACUUUGGCUCGUCCAAAAGAAAUCCUGAAGGCGACAAGGAAGAUGAUUUACAGCAAACCUCCCAGGAACAAGAUCGGAGCUGCGCAAAGUUUCUUCGUCAUGUCAGUGUUUGCGGUCGCCAUGUUGACUCCAGCUGCCUGGAUCCUUCAUCACCUGCCAGAGUACCGGCAGAGGUCCAAACAGGAUCAACAGCGUCCCAGGACGUGAUCUUCAUCUUUGUCAUCUUCUUCCUCCUCUUCCUUGGCACAAACAGCUGGAUGUUGUUCAUUUGUCAAUAUAUUUUAAACUUUAAUUAACAAAUGUAUCAGAUACAUACAUUUCAUGUUGAAUCAUUGAAAGUGAACUUCAAUCAAUAAACAUUUUGUCAUGACAUCUAUAGAACAGAGCUGUCCUAUCAAACAUGAGAGCAGCCUGUUUCUCUGCUCAUGGUCGUUUCUUUUAUUAAAAUUAAAGAUGUUUGAUGUUGCUGCUUCUCUCUGCUUAAAAACACUAGAAUCUGGACUCUGGACAAACAGGAACUUUCCGAAGUAAAAUAAAUGCUUGAGCUUGUGUGUUUGUAUUCGAGCAGGAUGUUUCUGUUUGUUUAGUUUUCUUCUGCUGGAUUUACACAGUUAAUCACUUCCUGUUUGUCUCAGUGGGAACUGAUGUUCUCAAACUCAUUAAACCUGAGUGGAAGACAUCAU